AUGUAUCAGCACAAGUUUAAGGUUGCAGCCCUACCUGCAUGGGCUGCCAUCGCCACGUGCUUGGUUCCUUGUGUUUCCGGUUUCUGUGCUCGUGCUGAUACACGCCAAGCCAACUACACCGAACUUGCAGAGCAGCUCUCAAGCAGUGCUUUGAUUUAUCUCCCAGGAUCGGACACUUUUGAAGAUGCAGUCGCACGCUGGUCCAAUCUGAGCGUUCCUGUGGCCAACGUCGUUGUUUCUCCGGGCUCUGAGGAGGAUGUUGUCACAACGGUCAAAUUUGCAAACAAAUACCAGGUCCCCUUCCUGGCUACCAAUGGCUUCCAUGGAUCUAUCACCACCUUGGGGAAGAUGAGCUCGGGAAUCGAGAUCUACCUGAACCAGUUAAACAGUGUCGAGAUUUCCGAAGACGGACAAACAGCCAAAAUCGGUGGUGGCAUUCGUUCCAAGAACCUGACAGACGCGCUUUGGGCCGCGAGCAAGCAAACAGUGACUGGUACCUGCGAAUGUGUUAGCUACCUUGGUCCUGGCCUCGGAGGUGGCCAUGGCUGGCUUCAAGGUCACCAUGGUCUUGUUUCUGAUCAAUUUUUGUCCUUCAAUGUCGUUUUGGCCGACGGUAGCUUGGUCACCGUUGAUGAGAGCUCUGACCUCUUCUGGGGUUUGAAGGGCGCAGGACACAACUUUGGUAUUGUAACCUCGGUCACGUCCAAGAUCUAUGACUUGACGAAGCCUAACUACGCCGUGAACACCAUUUUCUUCAGUGGUGACAAAGUCAAGGAGGUUUAUCAACUCGCGAAUGAGUUGUGGAUUACCAAUGGCACCAUGCCUGAAGAUCUCAACAACUGGUCAUACUGGUUCUACGAUCCUACCAUUGAUGCUGACAAGCCUGUCAUUGCUAUGUAUAUCAUUCAAGAAGGGGUUGAUGUCGUUGACUCUGUCCACACCCAGCCGUUCUUGGAUUUGGGUCCCAUCAUGAGUCAACCCCAAAGUGGCACUUAUCUGGAUUUGGGUAAAUGGACAGGCAUAUCUCUAGCGGAUGGCCCCUGCCAGAAGACGGGCAACGCCAACCCGCGCUUCCCCAUCUACCUCAAGCAGUACAACCCAGAGGCUCAAGCCCAGGUAUAUGAGCUCUUCCGUCAAGCUACCACCAACGACUCCACCCCAUUCAGCGGCGCUCUGUUCAUGUUCGAAGGAUACUCCCAGCAGGGGCUCAAGGCACCUGGUGAUGAGGCAUCUGCUUUUGCCUACCGGUCCGAAAACUUGCUUGUCGCCCCAUUGCUCACUUACGCACCCACGGGUCAGGCUGUGGAGCAGGCGGCUUACCAGCUGGGCAAUCAGAUCCGCGAUAUCCUAUACCAGGGUAGCGGUGAGAGCAGCUUGAGCACGUAUGUCAACUAUGCCUAUGGUGACGAGACACCCAAGGCAUGGUACGGCAGCGAGUCGUGGCGCCAGGAUCGUCUGAGCGCCCUCAAGAAGAAAUACGACCCGACUGCUAAGUUCAGCUUCUACGCUCCUAUUGCUUGA